AUGGCACUGUUCUUCUGUUUCAUGCAGUGCCUCGUCCUGGCAUAUGCCACGAAGACGCGGCAUUGCAACGGGCCAAGCUGCAAUGGGGGCAACUUGCUGUUGCAGUACGUAGCGAGAUCAUCCAAGUCCGGUUCGCUGGUGCUGCCUGCAAGGACGCAUUGCACCCGGGAGGAGGCUUGGUCAGGUUGCGCGUACAUCUGCCCCGUUGGCUUCCACUUAAAUCUCAGCCUGGCGACGCCAUAUCCUUCGUCAGGUGAUGAUUGCAGCUCGCUCAAGGGUCCUGCGUGGGCCUUCAAUACUGACUUCCCGAAGUACCUUCUCUAUGACUGCGCCACCUGUCAGCAAACUUCCGACAGCCUUCCUGCGACCAGCAGCCCCACAACUGCCAACGCCAGCUGCGAGGGCACCGAAUGCACCGCAUCCCUUGAGUGCCCAACAGGCUUUGUCCUUUCAGAGAAGCAUGAGGUUUGUGCGCUUCCGGAGGAUCAUAACUUCACGGACGGUCUCGGAUUAUACAAUGAGAACGACGGAGUGAAGCUGGCUACCUGCAGCUCCCUAGGUAUCACCAGCUUGGAGGCUUGUCAGGACUUGUGUCUGCAGGAGAGGGGCGUGGACGGGUGCAAGGGCGUGGAGUUCAACGUGAAAAGUGGCCGAUGUGAGGUUUGGACGCGCUCCGAGGGCAUUUGGGCAUUCUCAGAGCCGCCCUGGGAUGGCUUCACCUGCCUUCGCUUCGGCUGGCCAGGCAGGUACUUGAACCCAAUGAACGGGGGAGUUGACCAGGCGUGCCGAGCAGCUGGUGGCAAGAACUCCAACAGCUACUAUGUGGUGCAAAAGGCGCAGAACAUGGAAGACUGCCGCGCGCGUUGUGUUGCGGCUGCUCUUUGCCGCGGCGUCGAAUACAGCCUCGGACGCUGCGAGAUUUGGCACGUGGAGGUAGCCGCCUCGGUGCCCCUUCGGGGCUUCACAUGCUUGCGCUACCUGCCACCACCGUGA